CCCUCUGUCUGUACAAAUGACACACUCAGUCACUCACUCAGUCAUCCACCCUAUCGCACGGCUGCGGCAGCCCCAGCUCGAGGUCGAUCGACACCACUCGCUCAGCAGCAGCAUCGUCAGCUGCACCUUGACCCUGCCACUGCUGCUGCUGGUGGUGCUGCUGCUGAUCUAUCGCCUCCUCCCUCCUUGUCUCUUGUGGUACCACACCAGCACCGACCAUCCAUGGGUUCACCAACCCUCCCUGUGGCUCUCUCGGCGACGGCAGCGCCUCGCUCCCUCGCCGCACCAGACGCUCAGGACCCCUCUGCACAAAUGCCAUCCCGCCACCCCCACCACCCCCACCACCUCCAGCAAUCCUAUCUCUCUCCUCUGCUGGGGGCGAGGGCACCGAGCUAUCGGUCGGGAUGUCCACCGGCGGCACAUUCCCCUUGGCUAAGCCCUCAAAGAGCUGCGCCUGCUCUCUCUCCCCCUCUCUCUCCCUCUCCUCCUGCUGGUGCUGCUGGUGCUGCUGUGGGUGGGGGAAGAAUGACACUGACGCAUACUCUUGGUGGUCGAGAGACGGUGCGCUCCACGGCAUCUCGGCGGGAGGCGGUGUAAAGGCGGGGCCGCCGCUGACAUUGCCGCGAUAAGACUUGGCAACGAUGGUGGCCUCCUUCGGGUCUUCCCUGCUGAUGCCGGGCGCGCCUCUCCUGCCCCUCAAAACAAGCCUUGGUCGGCUGCUGUCAGGCGAGAGGCUGUUGGGCAGGUUGAGCAGCGGCAUCGUCACGGAGGACACAAGAUCUUGCGAUGCCGGGGAGAAGGGUGGUGGCGCAGCGGGGCUCUCCUUGGCCGCGGGGUCGGCGACACGUUCGCUCAUCGGUGAGGCCCCCCGCCCUUGGCUGCCCGUCUCGCUCGUCCCUUGUAGUGGCUGUGGCUGUGACAACACCCCUGCAGCACCACUAGCACCAGCACCGACAGCAGCAGCAGCUGCUGCUGCUGCUGCUGUGGGUGACUCCUCCGCCCCGCUCUCUGUGUUGAUGGUGGGGUCCGAUAUCGGCCGCAGCAUCGGAGUCGUGUUCGAGACCUCCUCUCUGCUGCUGCUCACGGCCGGGAAGAACGACGGCGGCGACCCCGACCCACUCAUGGGCGUGAAAUACUCCUCCCGAAUCGCCGCAGCACCAGCAGCAGUAGGCCUGACGUGCAGCGGUGACGGCGCACGUGGUGGGACCAGAGGCAGCCGUGGCGGCGGGCUCGGUGACGGCCCGGAGCUGCAACAGCUGGCAGAGGAGCCACCAUCUGACGCGACAAGAGGCCCAACGGUGGCCAGGCCUGGUUGGCGAUCGGCUUGUGACGGGACCGAUAGCAUGCCGUAGGAGUGCGGCGGCAUCGUCAUAAUGGGCGUCGUUGGUGCAGGCAGGUGCAUCCCCACACCGCCCCAGUAAACCGGAGGGUUCAUGAGAACGAUCGUCGACGGCGGUGGGGGGUGGGCCAAUGGCGGCUGAUGCUGCUGGGGCUGCUGGGGCUGUGGGUGUGAGUGUGGGUGGGGAUGGGUGGUGGUCUCACUGUCCGUCUGCACGCCUACAGUCUGCCCCUCUCUUCGUGGUCGUUGCCGCCGCUCCCGUUCCUCAGACGGCUCUCGUCUGCUCCUCCCCCUCUCAGUCAUCAUGCGAGCAGAAGUGCCCGGCAUCCGGUCACGCAGAGGUGACGGCCCACCCAGCCGCACAGCCGUCACCGCCGGACUCGGCUCACGUGUGUCCGCAGGCCCAGGCCCAGCCCUGCCCCUCUCCUCAUCCCCCUCUCUCUCUCCCUGCUGUUCAAGACUCCUCCGAAGGUCCAUCUCUAGUGCACGGGAAGCCUCCAAGCUCGCCGAGAGGGUCAGGCUGUCGGCCAGGUCAACGGCCGUCCGGGUGCCGACCCGGCCCUGGCUGGAAAAGUCAGUGGGCGACGCUCUGCUGUCCAUUGCAGGGGGUAAUGGUGGUGGGGAGAGUUUGUCUGGUCGGGCUGGCGAGCCGUUCGAGCGAGAGAGGAAUGAGAUGGACGUGGUAGGGGAUCCCUGCUGCUCGACGCCGCCAUCGACGUUGGGCUGCUCGGUCCGGUAAGACUGAAACCGCUGCCGAUGCUCGCCGUUGUCCCCCCCAAAGCCACAGCCGGCACUCCUCUCUGAUGACACGUUGGAUAUGGAUGUGGACACGUGACCAGUCUCGCGCGACGGCACCCGCAUGUGAGCAGGCGGCUGCGGCAAGAGCCCCCUCAACUCCGAUGUGCGCAUCCGCUGCUCUGGCGGCAUGUCGCGAAUGGGCCCCCUCUCGGGCGGGAAGGAAUGUCCUCGUGCGGGCGGGAUGGUCACACGCAGACGGCCGGGUGGCGGGGGGGAGGUCGGGAUGGUGGUGGGGUGGUCGAUUGGCGUGACGAGACUCACGUCACCGCUGCUGGAUUCCCGGCUGGACUCGUCGGCCAGAGGGGGAAAGAGGUGCUGGCGGGAUGGAUAGGUGUGUGGGUGCGAGCGGGGCAGCGGUAGCUCGGGCAAGUUGUCCGUCUGGAUGGUCAGCUCCCGCCUGAUCGCUCCCCGCUGACCAUCACCACCAGCACCGCCGUCGCUUGCCUCUCGAUCCUCUCCUUCCCGCUCCUGCGCAUCCCUCUGCCUCAACGACCGCAUUAUCUCCUCUAUCUCGGCAAGCCGACCGCCCUCACCGUCUCCCUCACCCUCUCCCUCUCCCCCGUCGCCGUCGUCCUCCACCACUCGGGGCGAGUGGGUCGGUGGCGACAGCGGCGUCACCCUCUGCUGCCGUGCGCCACCGUCGGCGGCAUCUCUCUCCUGUGGCGGCGAUCCGAUGGCCCCGUUGCUGUGCAGCGGCGCUGGCCGGGCGGUCUCGGGUGUGGGGCCGGACGAUGGUCGGAGCAUGGCCGAGGCGGGUGAAGCCGCGUGUGUGGUGACGAUGUGGCUCGAGACGGGCACAAGGGGCGCCUUACCCGCAGUGGGGGCUGAUGCUUUGCUGCCCUGCCGGUGCGGGACCUGGGUGAAGGGGAGAGAGGUGGGGAUGGCCACGGCUGCUGUGUCUGACGGCAGGGCAGAUUGUGGUGCAGGGUCGUCAGCAGGGUCGUCGAGGAACCCCAGCCUGUCGAUCGAUGAACCAAUCAGAGCAGAGAGAGCCUGUGAAUGGCAACCGACCUGCCUGGCUGCGCCAUCUCCCCACCUCUGCUUGAUCCGCCAAAUGAUCUGCUCGGGCGACUCCCGCGCCACUUGUGACAGCUCGCCCUCCCUAUCCGCCGCCACAGCAGCACCAGCAGCGGGCGAUGUCGGCGCUGCAGACGGCGGCUCGAGCGCGGCCAGGGGAGAGGGCGGCAGUGGAGAGAGAGAAGAGAGUGGCGGUUGCUUCUGCAGGUCUUGUAUCAGCCGCUGCAUGGCUAGGUGUGGGUCGGGGGGCGACGGGGGCUGCGAUGCUCGCUGUGACGAUGGUUCUGCGGGCUGCUGUGCCACCUACAGAAAGGUCACAUCACACGUGGAUGGGAUGGAAGGCUCUCUGUGUCAUGCAGUGGAUGUGUGUACCUUACCUGCCCGGCGAAGUGUCUUCUCCACUUGUCCAGUAUGUCCUCCACCGAAGCCGUCGACGCCCUCACCACCACGUCCUCCGACCCCUCCUCACCGGUCGCCCCUGCCGCUGCCGCUCCCUCCUCCUCUUCCGCCUCUGUCGUUUGCGUCUGAAUGGCCGCCUCCACCCCGACCGGCUUGUCAAGCGGCUCAAUGGACACGUCCAUCUUGCCAACCACCUCAUAUGUGAUACCCUCUGGCGCCUGCGGCUGGGGCUGCUGCCGGGGCACAAGGGCCUCUUGCCGCUGCGCUGUUGGUCCUGGUGGCGUUCGUGCGGGGGGCGUCUUCGGCCGUGGGCGGGGCGGGGUCCUUCCCUCUCGCUGCUUCACGUCCCUCUCGCGCCUGGCGGCUCUCUCCUCCCGCUCUCGGAUCUCUCGCUCGUGCCGCCGUUCUCUCUCCCUGUCCCUCUCCCUCUCUCUCUCCCGUCCGUCUGUGGCUGUGGCUGUGGCCUGUCCGUGGCCAUUGUCCUCCACGGCCAUUGUCGUGUUGGUGCCACUGAGCACUGACGGUAGAUCCACAGGUGUGGACCGGCUGUGAAGUGCGAUGGCUCGGCCGGGCACCUCAAGCAGCACCCCCUCGCCUCGUUUGGGUGUCCGCGCCGAACGGCCCGCCGUAGUGCCUCCCCUCGCCCAUGGAUUGCUCUGAGCACCCUGUGGCUGCGGCCGUCCGUCUGUCGCUGUGUCUUGUGGCCGCUUCCACGACGACCGCCGGAUCACUCGGUUGUACCUGCCCUCCUGCUCCACCUCUGUCACCGCCCGCAGCGGACUCCUCUCCCUCUGCCGUGUCCUGCUGGGCGGAGGGGAGGGCGAGAGGGGCAGAUCUUCGUGUUUGGUGUGUUUGGGUGCAGGCGAGGUGGCCUCUUUCUGCUGUGAUCUGAGCUGCGGCGGCCGCAGACGUGUGGGCGAAGGGGAGCUGGGGGCGGGGGGAGGGGGAGAUGGCGUUUUGUGGUUGGAAUCCGGGUCUUCUCGCUGCGUGUGUGGAUGGGGAUGGGAUGUCAGUGUGGUUCUCUCCUUCGGUCUGUCAGGUGCCGCUGUGCGAGGUGCCUCUGCUGGAGCAGAUGGCUGCUGCGCCGAUGGCGGCGGCUGACGAGCUGUAGAUAAGCCUUGCCUGCAGCCAGAUGCACACAACACACGGAGAGGAGAGAGCCAUGCUUUGCUGUCAGUCGAAAGUGCUGAUGAGAUGCAUCAGCGGAGAGGAGAUCAUCAUCCCACCUCACCUUUCCCGAAUGUGCUGCCGCAGCUGCUGUAUUCGCUGGUAGAGUGGCCGUGCGUUGGGCGGGACGCUCCCCGACGAUGAGGCCGACUGGCCGUCCAUCGCCCCCUUUGACCUCCUACUCACCCCACGCGAUGGAUGGAGGCCGGAAGAAUGCAGAUUGCGCCCAAUCCGACGGCUGAAAACGACGACGAGCAACCGGAUAGAAGCGAUUACACACAAAUGGCGUCCAGA